UUUAUAGAUCGCUAUAUUUAUCUUUGCCGGCUUUCUGACUCUCCUGCACGGCCUUUUGCCUUCCUCCUAAGCAAGCGGCACAAUCUAUAUACGCCAUUUGUUAGUCCACAUAGUACCAAAACGUGUCUACUUGCAGAUGGUUAGCGCUUAGUCAGAUACAGUGAAGCCCCUAAAAAUGGUUCGCAGCACGCACGAGGAAGGCAGAACGGAGGCCUGCGUCCUACGCAUAGUAAAUAAGUCGGACGAGCGGGUCCGGGCCAUCUGGGUUGACUUUGACGGGACAGAGAAAUGCUACAUGGAGAUUGAACCUGGCCACGCAAGACCUCAACAAACGUAUUCAACCCAUGUAUGGCGCCUGCGGGCCUCCAAGACGGAUGCACUCCUUGGAGAAUACUCAGGCCCAUCUGCCCAGCUGGAGUUGCAGUCCAGCGGCGGUCUCAGCGUAAGCAGAUGGUCGGAGGCACUGCCUCAGCCUAAGCCCGAAUGGGGCGAGUACGGCAAGCGGGGAGAGGCGUUGGGCAUUGACAUAUGGUCGUACGCCUGCGUGGACCCACGGGCUAUUCGCAUCGCGGAGCACAUCGUACGGCGCAUGCUGGCCGCCUCGCCGCCGGAUGUGGUACGCCGCAUGGUCGCUCGCGGCGCGCUGGUGGCGGUGAUCGGCCGGAAGCAGGUCACCACGGACAUACCCGCUCAUGCUUUCAUGCGCUGGUCGGAAGGAGGUCGCGACACGGACAGCACCACGCGGGGUCUGGGCGGCACAGAGGAGAGCCCCACCACCAGCUGCGGAGAGGAGAACCUGCUCAUGGAGGAAGACAGGUUCUACUCGAGUGAGAACAUCUUAGUUCACGAGUUCGGCCAUGCGGUGAUGAACAUCGGGCUGACGCCGGAGGACCGUGCAGCUAUCCGGAAGCUAUACCAGGCGGCGUACCACAGCGGGCUGUACGACAAAGGUGCCUACAUCAUGGAGAACGAGGAGGAGUACUGGGCUGAGGGAACGCAGGCCUGGUUCGAUGCCACCAUCCGCACUGACGUGACUUCGGGCGUCAACACGCGCGAGAAGCUGCGGCUGCGGGACCCCGGGCUGGCUCGCAUGAUGGUACGAGCGUACGGAGAUGGGGCCUGGAGGUACCCCCAUGACAGCCCCGCGCCAUUCCGCAUGCGCGGGGGACCCCAACCGGAGCCGCCAUCUCCUGCCAGCACCUCGGCAUUCACAACCGCCGCAGCGAUCGCAGCAGCUGCAGCCACCCACGCAUCUCCUUCCUUGGUUGGCCUUACCGAACGCUCGGGGGCCCUGGCAUCAUCCUCUGUUAACGCGGCAUCAACCUCAGCGGCUGCCUCCCUUAGCGCUCCGGGCAUGGAGGCAACGAUGGAGCGCUCCCGCGUAGGGGGCUGCGGGAGCGGGUGUCUGGCGCCAGGGAUGCCUUCCCUAUCAGCAUGCCUGUCGGGCGGCGGCGAUGGCGGCGGUGGGUUGUCAUCGUGCGGAGGCGGGCCUUUGACACCCUCGGUAGCACCGGGGUGCGGUACGGCUCUGUGGGUGGCGUUGCGGGGCGUGCUGGUGGGGCAAGCGGCGCACUCCACGGUCAAGCUAAUGUGACGAGAGGAUUGGGUGUGGUAUGGCGGCGUGAGCAUUGUGGGUGGCAGCAUCGCGAAGAUGUAAGCAGGUGUGAGCUGCAGUGUAUGUAUGUGGCAGUGCACAUGUGUUUGGUCUGUUGCUGUUAUUGAGUGUGGCGGGCUGGGCGGUGAUGCUGGUGGGCAGCUCGCUGGUGCACACUUGGAGGAUGUAAAGGGCUGCAGUCGUGACUAGGACAGACCGGUUUCGUAUUUGCAUGGGACUCCGGCGCGUUCUGCAUGCAUACCGGUACUCACCCGUCAGGGGUAGCAACACCAGUAGGAUGUGUUUUAGGGCUGUUUUAGGACCCUUCAGGCUUAUUUGUAUUCGUAGUUUAGUAAAGUGCAAUUGACCGAUUUCUUUUUCGGGUCAUGAAACGGUGUUCCGGCACUGCAGCCGCGCUGCUAGCUGCCUUUGACCCUUUCAACGGCAAGGGUCAAGGUGCAUCUUUUUUUCGCUCGCAAGUCGCUCUACUUACGGUAGGUGGUUGGAUCGGCCGCCUACUAAGGAGUAUACUUGCUUUCCAGUGCGCCUCGACGUUUCGUUCGGUGCAGCAACUGAACUACCAGCAUCGGUUGGGUGCUGGCGAGUACGACGGUCAUGCUUUGUCGCUUUGUCACUUAGCCAUUUCGCAGUUUGUAGUUAUUUAUAGAAAAUAUGGAAUUGAACAGACGUGUUGGUGGCCGCCAAAGCCAGGAACCUGUGUGACGUUGGCUUGGCUCUUGCAUCUGUCGCUGCCAAGUUCUCCGUGUUCCGUACGUGCCACAUCGCUCGUUACAAAGGCUGGUGGGUGUUCUUUAAGUAACCAAGUAACUCUCAUUCGGGCCAGUCGCCCUGGUCCGGCUCUCUUAUGCGUGACACGUCCCAAAGCAGCUUAAUGGCAGACGAGGAGUGGCUGACGGUCGAAGAAGCAUUCCAACUACUGACUGUCGAAGCAGUUAAGCACCUGCAGGUGACUUUCGACGGCCAGGUUUUGUGGAACGCCUACGACCUUUGGUUUAAGGAGCGUGGUGGCCGAAAAGUGGAGAAGGAACUUCUAGCCACGUUUAACGAGCUGGCCAAGGACUCCAACCUGGCGCGCUACACCGCAAGGCGCAUCCAGGCCGUUAUCCGGGAAGGUUUGGACCUCCUGCAUGAUGAGGAGGACAGCAGCUUGCUGGACUUGUGCAAGGAGGCUAUCAAGGCGCACGGCAAGUUCGCGGCCGAAGAGUUUAUCCAGCUACAGGACAUCGUCACCCGCGUGGCCGGGCUGUCUUUCACGGACGUCUCCAACCGGGACAUCCUGGAGGCCGCCAGCCACCUGAUGCCGAACACAAGCAUCGUGCAGCAGCUGUUGGAGGAGGCCUAAAGCUGGAGGGUGGUGGCUGUGCUGUGACACUUCCAUGCUCGUUAAGUCAAAACGUGUGUGCGGUCACUGGGUUAUGACGUAACACGGUCUGCAAACUUGGUAUACCGGCCUUAAGAGCUUGAAACUGUCCCAAGCUCUUAAGACCGGAAUGUCAAGUUUGUUCACUGCUCAUACCACGAGUCAGUAACAUUACACGCGCUCUCGUCACGGCACAGCAUGCUCCGUGUUGCCUCUCCCCAGAGACUGCCGCGUGUCAAGUCCUUCCAUGCUUUAACACGAGUUAUCGCGAGUAUGAGGACCUCAUAGCAUGUGCGAUGACGGGAAAUGGUUAGGACGGGUGGGUAGAGGGUGCCAACACACCCCCUCUGAGGGAUGGCGCAAACCAACGCACCAGGUUCACGUGGAGUCGUUCCCAUGGCGUGUCUGCCCAGUGCAUUUAGUUCGGCACUUGUCCAUGCCGCAUCCUGGUGUGGCACGGUGUUACUCGCGUAGCGUAGCGUAGUUUCCAGUUGUGGGUGUCGUACGCUCGUACAUAUGUUCCGCUGUGUCGUAGCGAGAUGUGAUACACCGUUGGUGUUCAAGGUGACUUAUCCACACAUAUAUCCGCCGUACGGAGCUACUUUCCGGCGUACGGAUUGUUGAUGCCCUCUCGGUUUUGAACGCUAGGGGAAAACACCCCCACAACUGUGAUGCCGGUGGGGUGUUUGGUUGCCGCUUCACAACCUCCGUGGCGGGUAUGCGCCGACAGGAGUCCAGUUCCCUGGUGCUAUGCAACAGACAUAGCUUAUAGCGUGUAUUUGCUGCCCUCCAGGGUCUGUAUUGUGUUUUUCGCAAGAUUGAAAAUCCACGUUGCGGGAC